AUGCUGCGCCAGGUGUUGCACGCGGGCCUGCGGACCUCCUUCCACGCGCUGGGCCGGUUCGUGGCGAGCCACCCGGUGUUCUUCGCCUCGGCGCCCGUGCUCCUCUCCAUCCUGCUCGGCGCCAGCUUCAGCCGGUACCGCGUGGAGGAGGACGUGGAGAACCUGCUCGCACCCAAGCACAGCCUGGCCAAGAUCGAGGGCAACCUGGUGGACAGCCUGUUCCCGGUGAACCGGUCCAAGCACGCGCUCUACUCGGACCUGCAGACGCCCGGUCGGUACGGGCGCGUGAUCGUCACCAGCCGAAAGGGGAGCGUGCUGGACCCGGGUCACCUGGACACCAUACUGAAGCUCCACAGGCGGAUCUACCAGAUGCAGGUGACGGUCCCGGCCUCAGGCCUCAACAGCUUCAACUACUCCUUCUCCUACCUCUGCCUCCCGGACGACAAGAACGUCUGCAUCAUCGAUGACAUCAUCCGCGCCAUGGAGGAGAUCCAGUCGGCUCGCGCCUCCAACAUCUCCGCCCCGGUCCUGCGCUACCCGAUCACGCAGCUGGCGGACGGGCGCCAGGCGUACAUCGGACACCAGCUGGGCGGGGUGCAGGGGUGGGGUCCCAGCGGGGCGGUGCGAGGUCUGGGGACGGGGGGCAAAGGCGAAGGCGUGCGCUCUGCCCGGGCGCUGCAGCUCACCUACUACCUCCAAGCCCGCGGCGGCCUCAUGGACCGGGUGGCCGGCCAAUGGGAGAAGGCCUUCUGUGCGGAGUUGCAGCACUUUGCGGCGUUGCACCCGAAGCUGGGGCUCUACCCCUCCACUUCCUCUUCUCUGAGGACAGACUUCCAGUUCUCGUCAGUGCUGGCACAUCGCCCCCUGUUGGUCAGCUUGGGGGCGUGCGGCGUGUUGGCCGUCCUCUGCUGCUCUAUGAGGGACUGCGUCAGGUCCAAACCCUGGUUGGGACUCCUGGCUUUGCUGUCGAUCACACUGUCGGGCCUCACUGCUGCUGGGAUACUGAACCUGACCGGGGCCACCUACAACUCCACGUACCUGGGAAUCCCCUUCGUCAUGCUGGGUCACGGGCUCUUCGGCUCCUUCGAGAUGCUGUCCUCGUGGAGACGGACGCGGGAGGACCAGCACGUGAAGGAGCGCGUGGCGAGCGUCUUCGAGGACGUGAUGCUGCGGUUCUCCGGCUCCACCAUGCUCCACCUGAUGACCCUGGGCCUGGCCGCCUCGCCGCUCACCAACAUGGAGGCCGUCAGACUGUUCUGCCGCACCGCCGCCUUAGCCGUCACCAUCAGCUAUGUUUACAUGUUGUCCUUCUACAGCUCCUGUCUGGUGUUCACCGGCUACCUAGAGACGGGAUACCGACACGGCUGCUUCUGCCGGAGAGUCCCCAAACCGGACCGGCUGGACUCUAAACCGGCCUGGUACAGGUGUCUGAUGUACACCCGCUACCAGGACGAGACUCAAACCACCACCGCACCACACGGGGUCGCACACAGUCACGACUCUCACCUUUUGCUGGGGUGCGUGAGGCGCUGCUAUGGGGACUGGAUCACAAACACUUACGUCAAACCCUUUGUGGUUCUGCUGUACCUGGUUUACAUCUCCUUUGGAUUGAUGGGCUUUCUGCAGGUGACGCAGGGUUCGGACCCCAGUGCGCUGGUGGCCAUGGAUACAACGACAGUAUUGUACACCCGUGCCCAGCAGCGGUAUUUCAGCUCGUACUCCCCCGUCAUUGGAUUUUAUAUCUACGAAAGCGCCCCCUACUGGAAUGCGUCAGUGCAGCGGGACCUGCUGGAAUACGCCAAAGGCUUCCAGAGAAUCAGCUGGCUGGAGGCGUACCUGAACUACCUGUCGGACCGCAACCAGUCCACCAGCCAGCCGCGGGAAAACUUCACCCACACGCUCCGCCACGCCUUCCUCCACGAGCCGCAGUUCGCCCACUUCGCAGACGACAUCAUAUUUGCCGAGCGCGGUCAGGGCGAGGAGCCGGACGUGGCGGCGUCGAGGAUCUUCCUGGUGGCGAAGACGACGGAGAACAAGCGUGAGGAGAUGUCGGUGCUGCUGGACACGCUUCGGCGCUUGUCACUGACCUCGCGCGUUCGCUUCCUGAUCUUCAACCCCUCCUUCGUCUACCUGGACCGCUACGCUGCCGCGGUGAGCUCCCCCCUCAGACACUCACUGCUGGCGGUGCUCUUCCUGUUGGGUCUGUCCUCGCUGGCCGUGGUGGAGCCGCUGGUCUCCGUCUGGCUGGGCCUCACCCUGCUCUCCGUGCAGUUCGGCGUGCUGGGCUUCAUGACCUUGUGGGGUGUGGAGCUGGACUGCAUGUCCGUGUUGUGUCUGAUCUCGGCGUUGGGUCACUCGGCGGACUGCAGCGGGCCCCUCCUCUGUGGCUUUGCCUCGGGCCGGGGCGAGAGCAGGACUCGCUGGGUGAGAGUGGCGCUGGAGAGACACGGAGUUCCCUCGCUACAGACGCUCAUCUGCUACGGCGCCGCCCUGGUGCCGGUCGGCUCCGUGCGGUCCAACCUCACACACACACUGUUCCGCUGCCUCACCCUCACGGCCGGAUGCUCGGCGCUGCACACGCUGGCGUUCCUGCCCACCCUCCUCACCUUCCUGCCCCCCUCCAAGACCCAGGGCCAAGGGCCCGGAGGAGAGGGGCCGAGGCAGGAGGUGGAGUGUGUGGAGAUGAACGACAGCACGCGAGUGGUCGACCAGAUCACCACAGUCUGA